CAAAAAAAUCCAAAGAAGAAGACGUACUACGCUGCGCACGUCAUGACGCCAUUGCUUUCAGCGCCAGGGGAAAAAAUGGCGGCUGUGCAAGAUGCACCGAUGGAGCUGGACUCAGAGAAAGAGACAAAGCCAGAAAUCCUCAGCGAUGGGACGUCAAACCUCUCGGGGAACACAGCGAGCGGGACGCUGUCAUCACCGCCCCUCACCGCCGGCGGAGCCCCGAAGCAGGAGGACCAGCAAACUUUGAUCGCAGUUCUGCAGUUUCUAAGGCGGAAUAAACUGACGGAGUCGGUGGACAUCCUGCGGCGGGAAGCCUGUUUAGAAGACCAGGAGGACUCCCAGACUCUCGAUGGCAGCGGAGGAGGGAAGGGUGACGGGGAUGGAGGGGAUGCAAACUCUCUGCUCAGCCGGGUGUCCAUCGCAUCAGCAGCCGCCCCCCAAAGCACACUGACUCCCAUCCCAGUCAAGAAUGACCAGCCGGAUGUCAGUGUGGUGCUGUCAGCGUACAGCCAGCAGGGGGAUCCCUCUCUGUAUCAGGUGUACUACACCGGCCUGAAGAACUUCAUCGAGUCCGUGCUGGACUGUCACCGAGCAGAGCUGUCCCAGCUCUUCUACCCUCUGUUCGUUCACAUGUACCUGGAGCUGGUCUACAACAACCAUGAGACUAAAGCAAAGGCUUUCUUUGAGAAGUUCAGCGGCGAUCAGGAGUGUUACUAUCAGGAUGACCUGCAAAUUCUCUGCGGCCUCACUAAGAAAGAGCACCUGAAGGGGAACGAGGCGCUGCUGGACUUCCGUACCAGCCGUUUCGUGCUGCGCAUUUCUCGAGACUCGUACCAGCUGCUCAAGAGACACUUGCAGGAAAGGCAUAAUAACCAGAUAUGGAACAUCAUUCAGGAGCACUUGUACAUCGACAUCUUUGACGGUAUGCCACGCAGCAAGAGCCAGAUCGACAGCAUGUCCGGCAGUUUUGCGGGAGAGACCAGACGAGAAGUCAAUAAAGCCAAGGUAUUCUACGGGCUGCUAAAGGAGCCAGAGAUUGAGGUCCCGUUAGAUGAUGAAGACGAUGAAGCAGAAAAUGAGGAAGGGAAGCCCAAGAAGAAGAAAACAAAAAAGGACAGUAUGGGCUCCAAGAGUAAGAAACAAGACCCCAAUGCUCCUCAACAGAACAGGAUCCCUCUGCCGGAGCUGAAGGACUCAGACAAACUGGACAAGAUCAUGUACAUGAAGGAGAGCACCAAAAGAAUCCGGCUCGGCCCGGAGAACCUGCCUUCCAUUUGCUUUUAUUCAUUCCUCAAUGCCUACCAGGGUUUGACGGCAGUAGACUUCACUGAUGACUCCAGUCUGUUAGCGGGAGGGUUUGCCGACUCCACAGUCCGCGUAUGGAGCGCCACACCUAAAAAACUACGCAAGGUCAAAUCUGCAGCAGAACUGAAUCUGAUUGAUAAAGAGUCUGAUGACGUUCUGGAGAGGAUCAUGGAUGAGAAGACGGCCAGUGAGUCGAAGAACCUCUACGGUCACAGCGGGCCGGUGUACGGUGUCAGCUUCAGUCCAGACAGGAACUAUCUGUUGUCCAGUUCUGAGGACGGUACAGUCAGACUGUGGAGCCUGCAAACGUUUACGUGUCUCGUCGGGUAUAAAGGACAUAACUAUCCAGUGUGGGACACUCACUUCUCACCCUUUGGUUAUUACUUUGUGUCUGGAGGACAUGACAGAGUAGCACGCCUCUGGGCGACAGAUCAUUACCAGCCCUUGCGGAUAUUUGCUGGGCAUCUAGCUGACGUCACCUGCACGCGAUUCCACCCCAACUCUAACUAUGUGGUUACAGGCUCGACCGACCGCACUAUACGCCUCUGGGAUGUCCUGAAUGGAAACUGUGUCCGCUUUUUCACAGGUCACAAGGGCCCCAUCCAUUCUCUGGCAUUCUCACCCAAUGGAAAGUUCCUGGCAUCUGGAUCCACAGACGGGAGAGUUUUACUAUGGGAUAUUGGACAUGGACUGAUGAUCGGAGAGCUGAAGGGUCACACAGACACAAUUUAUGCCCUCAAGUUCAGCAGAGAUGGAGAAAUCCUCGCAUCAGGCUCUAUGGAUAACACCGUUCGGCUAUGGGACUCCAUGAAGGCUUUCGAUGACAUGGAGACCGACGACUUCACCGCAGCGACGGGCCACAUUCCCCUGCCGGAUAACUCCCAGGAGCUGCUGCUUGGGAUGUAUCACAGCAAAUCCACACCUGUCACCCACCUUCAUUUCACCAGACGCAACCUGCUACUGGCCGCAGGCGCGUACAACUCCCAGUGACUGGGUAUUGAGGACAAUGACUUUGCGUAGCUGUGUUUGUUUUUCAUGAACGGUGCAUAUUAUUUAAAGAUUACUGCUCAUCCUAACAUGUGAAAUAGGUUCAAGCGAAGUAAAAGACAUCAAACACGGAGCAUACAUGAGCUACCUGGGAGCAGCCACCAAUACCUCUCGCAUCGUUCAGAUGCUGAUCCUAGAUCAGAUUUUACACCUCAUGCUCACGAGAAGCUCGUUUCUUUUUCUCAUCGAUAGCAUCACUGCCAUGCUUGUUUUCAAGGCCCUCAAUGUCUCACAAUGAUGUGGCUGGUCUCCUUUUGUCUUUGUAAAGGAACUUUUCCAAUUCAGAAACUGGUUAUUAAUCUUUGAAAUGUGUUGCAUAUGAACACUCUUCUCCAUUUCUGUACAAAUUGUAAUACUAGUGCCUAAAAUUGUAAAUAAAACAAGUU